AUGCCGACCGGCGGCGUGUUCUCCGGGUCGGUGAACCUCAAGUACGUCAAGCUCGGGUACCAGUACCUGGUGAACCACUUCCUGACGCUGCUGCUGGUGCCGGUGAUGGCCGCCACGGCGCUGGAGCUGGCGCGCCUCGGGCCCGGCGAGCUGCUCUCGCUGUGGCGGUCGCUGGAGCUGGACCUGGUCCACAUCCUCUGCUCCGCGUUCCUCGUCGUCUUCGUCGGCACCGUGUACGUGAUGUCGCGCCCCAGGCCCGUGUACCUGGUGGACUACGCCUGCUACAAGCCCCCCGCCAGCUGCCGCGUGCCCUUCGCCACCUUCAUGGAGCACACGCGCCUCAUCAGCGACGACGACAAGAGCGUGCGCUUCCAGACCAGGAUCCUGGAGCGCUCGGGGCUCGGCGAGGACACGUACCUCCCGCCCGCCAACCACUACAUCCCGCCCAACCCCAGCAUGGAGGCCUCGCGCGCCGAGGCGCAGCUCGUCAUCUUCUCCGCCAUCGACGACCUCGUCCGCCGCACGGGGCUCAAGCCCAAGGACAUCGACAUCCUCGUCGUCAACUGCAGCCUCUUCUCGCCGACGCCGUCGCUGUCCGCCAUGAUCAUCAACAAGUACAAGCUCCGUAGCAACAUCCGGAGCUUCAACCUGUCGGGGAUGGGAUGCAGUGCCGGGCUCAUCUCCAUCGACCUCGCGCGGGACAUGCUCCAGGUGCACCCGAACUCGAACGCGCUGGUGGUGUCGACCGAGAUCAUCACCCCCAACUUCUACCAGGGGAGCCGGCGCGACAUGCUGCUUCCCAACUGCCUGUUCCGGAUGGGCGCGGCGGCGAUCCUGCUGUCCAACCGGCGGCGCGAGGCCCGGCGCGCCAAGUACCGGCUGGUGCACGUGGUGAGGACGCACAAGGGCGCGGACGACCGCGCGUACCGGUGCGUGUACCAGGAGGAGGACGACCAGGGCUUCUCGGGCAUCUCGCUCUCCAAGGAGCUGAUGGCCAUCGCCGGCGACGCGCUCAAGUCCAACAUCACCACCAUCGGCCCGCUGGUGCUGCCCAUGUCGGAGCAGCUGCUCUUCUUCUUCCGCCUGGUGGGGCGCAAGCUCAUCAACAAGACCUGGAAGCCCUACAUCCCGGACUUCAAGCUGGCGUUCGAGCACUUCUGCAUCCACGCGGGCGGGCGCGCCGUCAUCGACGAGCUGCAGAAGAACCUGCAGCUGUCGUCGCGCCACGUGGAGGCGUCCCGCAUGACGCUGCACCGGUUCGGCAACACCUCCAGCAGCUCCCUCUGGUACGAGCUCGCCUACAUCGAGGCCAAGGGCCGCAUGCGCCGCGGCGAUCGCGUCUGGCAGAUCGGAUUCGGCAGCGGGUUCAAGUGCAACAGCGCCGUCUGGAAGUGCCUCCGCAGCAUCAAGACGCCCACCAACGGGCCCUGGGACGACUGCAUCCACCGCUACCCCGUGGACGUCCCGGAGGUCGUCAAGCUGUGA